AGAAGAUGCUGCUGAAGAUGGCGGCGAUGUUCUUAAUUGGACCACUGUCGCACGCCGGGGUCAAACGGACCGGCAAAACUGGAAUAGGAGUCGUUUGUCUGCUACUCUCGCUGCUGCUGCUGUCAACUCAGGGCCAAGACACUGACGACUGGCAAUAUGAGGAAUGUAAACUUUCUCGAUCGGGUCCUCCGGCCACCAUCGUCGCCAUCGACGAGGAGAGUCCGAAUGGAACGUUGCUGGUGGAAAACAUGCAAAUCAACGGCGUGGCCGAGGGACCCCAGCGAACCAUCUCCUUAUCUCUGAGGGACAACCACAACCACUGGGUCAUCCUGGACCCUUCCAAGCAAGCCCUUUACCUCAACAGCAGCGGACGAGUUCUCGACAGAGACCCUCCGUGGUACAUUCAGUCCAUCGUGGUUCAGGUGCAGUGUACCAACGAGCUGGUCGGCACGGUGAUACUCCACGAGGUCCGAAUCGUGGUGCGCGAUCGCAACGACAACGGGCCGCGCUUCCAGCAGCCCCGAUACUACGUCGCCGUGAGCGAGUUGACUCCAGUGGGCACCACCAUCUUCUCCGGUUUUUCCGGCAACAACGGAGCGGUUGACAUCGACGACGGGCCAAACGGACAAAUCGAGUACACCAUCCAAUACAACCCCAAAGACCCGACAGCCAACAGAACCUUCGACAUCCCGCUGACGUUGUUUGGCGCCGUGGUGCUCAGGGAACGCCUCAACUAUGAGGAGCUAACGCGCUACUUGGUCAUCAUACAAGCUAAUGAUCGAGCGCCCAACCCCAGCGAGCGGCGCAGCGCCACCACCACGCUGACGGUGGACGUCCUGGACGGCGACGACCUGGGGCCCAUGUUCCUGCCGUGCUCGCUGGUCGGAAACACCCGCGACUGCAGCCCAAUCACCUACAAGGCUAACGUGCUGGAGCUGACCGAGCCGAAUAAGAUGAACCCGCUCAAUGUGACUCCGCCCAUUCAGGCCGUGGACCAAGACAGGAAUAUCCAACCUCCGUCGGAGAGGCCGGGAAUUCUCUACUCCAUCCUCAUUGGCAAACCAGAGUCCUACGCAGAAUAUUUCAUCUUGAACAGAACCACGGCCGAGCUCUUGCUGCUCAAGCCCGUUGACAGAGAAGUGCAUCGCAAAUUCGAUCUGGUGGUGAAGGCGGAGCAGGAUAACGGCCACCCGCUGCCGGCUUUCGCCAGCCUCCAGAUUGAGGUGCUGGAUGAGAACAACCAGGCGCCGUACUUUUUGGAAAGCAGCUACCGAGGCUACGUGGCGGAAGGCGCGCCGGUGGGAACCACCGUGGCCGUGGACCCGGGCCUCUCCGACCCGUUAGCCGUUGUGGCUCUGGAUAACGACGUGGAGGAGAGCAGAGACCCUCAUCUGCAGCUAGGAUUGGACAGCUACUCCGACAUAUUCGCCGUGUCGACAGGAGGCAUCACCAGAUAUUUGACCUUGGUGCAGCCGUUGGAUCGAGAGGCACGAGAUUCCUACACCUUCACGCUGCAAGCAUCGGACGGCGUCCAGCAGAGCGCUCCGGUCGCCGUGACGAUAACCGUGCUGGACGCAAACGACAACACUCCGACGUUUGCUAACGUGUCCUACAGCGUCUACCUGUACACCGAUAUGAUGCCCGGUGAAACUGUGCUGCAGCUGUCAGCAGUCGAUGAGGACGACGGUCCCAACGGACAGGUCACCUAUCGAAUUCUAGCUGGGGACCAGGGGCAAUUCCUUAUUGGCAAUAGCACUGGCAUCAUCACCGUAGCGCCAAGCGUGGGGCUAUCGGUGGGUCGAAGCUACGCCUUGACUGUGGAAGCCACGGACAAUGGAGCAGAACCUCACAGAAGGUCGUCCAUUACGACGGUCUACAUUGAGGUUUUGCCGCCCAACAACCAGAGUCCUCCUCGCUUCCCCCGGCAGAGCUACAGCCUGGAGAUUAGUGAGGCCAUGCGGACGGGGGCCACGUUGCUCAACCUCCAGGCCGUCGAUCGGGAGGGAGACGCCAUCGUCUACAGGAUCAACCGUGGGGAUCACCAUGGACAGUUUUUACUGGAGCGCGAUUCUGGGUAUUUGGUCUUGGACAAACCUCUGGACAGGGAGACUCUGGACGAGUACACUCUGGUGGUCACGGCCUCGGACGAGCGACCCGACGGGACGUCCACGGCGACGGUGAACGUGGCGGUGACGGACGUUAACGACAACGAUCCGUUGUUCGAUCCGUCGUUGCCGGUGAACCUCACUGUCGCGGAAAAGCUGGGUCACGCAUUUGUCGGACAGGUCAAGGCCACCGAUCCAGAUCUGGGGGCAAGCGGUCAGGUUCACUACCGACUGGUCAACCAUCAAAAGCUUUUCUCCAUCAAUGCCACGGGAGCCAUCAAGACCGUGCUGCCGUUGGACAGAGAGGUAAAGGCUCACUACUUUCUCAUCGUGGAGGCCUGGGACGGCGCCGUGGACCCGCGGCGGUCUAGACAAACGCUGUCGGUCACGGUCCUGGAUGUGGACGACAACAGCCCCGUGUUUGGCCAACAAACGUACAACGUGGAGCUGCCGGAGAACAGCCCCAAAGAUACUUUGGUUCUUAAGCUGCACGCCAUCGACGCCGAUCUGCGCUCCAACCUAACCUAUCGCAUCAGAACCGACGGUUCCAGCGAGGAGAUUCUUCGGCUUUUUCGCCUUGACCCAAUCACGGGAGAGUUAUUUGUGCAGAAAGUUCUGGACUUUGAAGCCUUGAGCCCUUCCAGUUCUUCUUACACGUUCACCGUGGAGGCCUUGGACACCGAGGGGACCAUGCCUCCGGGCUUGGCCUCCGUUACCGUCACCAUCACGGACGUGAAUGACUUUGCUCCAGUCUUUAGCCAGCCAAUGUACCGCGGCAUGGUCGCCCCCAACGCCGUCAAGGGGACCAUCGUAACCACGGUGAUGGCCAACGAUUCCGACCCCGCGGGAACGCCAGCUGGUCUGGUGCGCUAUAAAGUGGAUGACAAGGCUUAUUCCUACUCGGCCAGUAUAUUCGAGGUGGAGGAACUCACCGGAAACGUUGUCACGAGAGUCAACCUCAAUGAGGAACCCAACCUUAAAUUCAGUCUGGUUGUGGUAGCCUACGAUGACGGCGAGCCGGUUAAAGAAAACACCACGCUGGUGGAGAUCACCGUCCUUCAGCCCUCCAUCAUUCCCAUCUUUACUCAGGAGGAAUACAGGUUUGCCCCCGUGAGCGAGGAAGCUGCGGUCGGAACCGCCGUGGGAGUCAUCCUGGCGGCGGCUGUCAAUCAAACCAUCGUGUACUCCAUCGUCGAGGGCAACGAGGGAGGUGCGUUUGCGUUAAAUAACAAAACGGGAUUAAUCUCCACGGCCAAACGGCUGGACUACGAGGCCAACUCCAGCUACCUUCUCAAGGUGGAAGCAGACUCCAUGAGGGUGGUCUCAUCGAACCUCCGAGCUCCUUCCAAGAGUAACACGGCGGCGGUGGUGAUUGACAUCCAGGAUGAGAACGACCACUCGCCGGUUUUCACCACCUCGCUUUAUAUCGGGGGAGUAGCAGAGGAUGCCAAAACGUUUACUUCAGUCUUGCAAGUGCAGGCUUUGGACAAAGACACGGGCAACUACAGCUCCAUGACGUACCGCCUCGUCAACGCCCCCUUGGCCGGCAAAGACGGCAAAGACAGCAAAGGCGGCUUUGUCAUCGAGCCGCUCAGCGGCGUGGUCAAAACGGCCAUCAUGUAUCGGAACAUGCGACGGUCCUACUUUAAGUUUGAGGUGGUCGCCACGGACGACUAUGGGCGAGGGCACAGCAGCAAAGCGGAGAUAGUGGUGUCGGUGGUGAACCAGCUGGACAUGCAAGUGGUCGUAUCAAAUGUCCCACCGACGUACGUGGACAAUAAGAAAGACAAACUGCUCAGUAUUUUGGAGCGCUACGUGCAGGAGCAGAUUCCCGGAGCGAAGGUCUUCGUGGAAGCCAUCGGUCCCCAUCGUCACGGCGAUGGACUGGAACAAGAGGACUACACCAAAUCCGACCUAAUGAUUUACGCUAUCGACCCGCUGACAAAUAGAGCCGUGGCCAGACAGGAGCUCCACAAGUUUCUUGACGGAAAACUGCUUGACAUCAACAAAGAGUUCCAGCCCUUCAUGCCCCCCGGCGGGCGCAUUCUGGAAAUCCGAACCCCGGAAGUGGUGACCAGCGUGAAAAAGGCCGCGCAAACUGUGGGCUACACAGAGGGGGCGCUGUUGGCCCUGGCGGUCAUCAUCAUCAUCUGCUGUGUGCCCGCCAUACUUGUGGUUAUCAUCACCUACAGGCAAUUUAAAGAACGGCAGGAAGAGUGUGCCAAGACCGCCCGAAUCCAGAUGGCGCUGCCGAGCAGCAAACCCGGAGGGGGCACUGCCAACAACUUAUAUGAGGAGCUCGGCGACAACGCCAUUCGUAGGUACGGACAACACGAGACACAGCAGCUCCUCCGACCUUCUCUCCUCAGACCUGAGGAGUUAUCCAUGGAGUCUGGUAUCGAUCCAGGUCAGGACUACUACACACAGGAUUACUACAACUAUGAACAUGGCUAUGAGCUUCCUCAGUACGGCAGUCGGCGGAAGCUGAUCUCGCCCUCGGGCCUCUACGAUGAGUACGGGGAGGUUGUCGUCAACGACGACGGCAGCUACUACUACAGCCCGCAGGAAUCCGACGCAGAGAAUGGCGGCCGAAAGCGGAGGAUCAAGUUGGUGUUGGACCGCGAGUACGAGACCAGUUCCACCGGUGAUGACAGCGGCCCAGAACCCCUCCGCGGACGUUCCACCUCAACGUUCACCAACCACACCAACGUCAAUGGCGGACUCUACGUGGCCCAGAACGGCUCGGUGGUCCGCACCCGCCGUUCCGUGACGCCCACCAAACCGCCGUUGCCCGUCUUCAGCUCACGGCUUGCCAAGCACUUUAAAAAACUGGACAAAAUGGCGGCCACCUUGGAGGAGAAACUGCCCCUGAACAGUCCCAGAACUUCGACGGACGGCAGCGUCAAAACCCUGCGCACUUUCAAAAGCCCCGCCAGCCCUUCCUUCACUAACUCUGACAUCCAUAAGACCGUCAACGUGUUCGACAGUCGACAAUCCAGCAUUUCUUCAGAGUCGGCCAGCAAUGUGGGGGCGGAGCAAGCCUCCAACGCGGACGGCGGGACGGACGGGGGACUUCGGAAUGGGACGGGUGAGGAUCGAGAAGCAGGAGAGGCCGAAAGAGAGUCCAGAGUAGACGGCAGCAACAGCGAGGGAGACGACGGCCUGGUCAUGAGGGAUCUUCCCGGUGAGACGACGCGGUCGGAAGAGGAGGCGCUUUGGAUGGGACCCUGGAACAACCUUCACAUCCCCAUGACUAAACUCUGACUGACAACGAAAUAAAUCUUCAUUUGUGCUGACAGACUCUCAAGUGCCAAUUUGAAAAACGCUAAUCAGCAUGUCAAAAGACUCAUUUUUAUGAAAGUCAUCAAAAGUUGCCUUGGAUUUGAUCUCGGUGAAGCACUUUUUUUGUCCUGAUCAGUGUUGACGGCUCAUCUUGACAUUUGUCUGACUCAUCUUUGUCAAGUUGCUUGGCAAACGGAAUUAAAAAAAUAA